AUGACAGUAAUGAUGUUGGAGGACCUUUGGGUAGAGGACAUACUCUGUCGCGUUCCGGCCAUAUCUCUCAAGCGGUUGCGAUCUACUUGCAAGCAAUGGAACAAUUUAUUCAGCAAUAGCAGAUUCACUAGAAUGCACUUGGAGAAAGGCGCAAAGCAGUUUCUUGUUCUCAUGUUGAAGAACGGUAGAGUUUGCUCGAUGAGUGUCAAACUCCAUGGAACAAAACCAUAUGUAAUGGCCACAUGUGAACGUAGCCUAAUCGAUCCUGGUAGUUCAGUUCAAGAACAAAUCGUGAUCUCUCAUGUUUUUCACUGCGACGGCUUAUUGUUAUGCACCGAAAACGACUAUAUAAUGGUGGUUUGGAACCCCUACAAAAUAUUGAGUUAUGGUUACAACCAAGAUCAAUUCGAAAUAUAUGAUAUUAACUCAAACUCAUGGAGGACUCUUGAUGCCACUCCUAACUGCCAAUUAGUUUGUGAACAAAGCGGCGCGUCUUUGAAAGGGAAGACUUACUGGAUUGCUUCACAAGGAAAGGAGGAGAAACAUCCCGGCAUAUUCUUAGUCAGCUUUGAUUAUACUAGCGAAAAAUUUGAACGUCUUACGGGUCAGAUUCCUAUAGUUAUGGAUGAUCAAAAUGCUUCUCUAUCGGUCGUUAGAGAAGAGAAACUCGCCGUGUUGUUAAAACACGAAUAUACAUCAAAAGCUGAGGUAUGGCUGACAAAUAAGAUUGAUGAAACCAAAGCGAUAUCAUGGAGCAAGGUGUUUGCAUUGGAUUUGAGCCCUCACCUCGAAUAUUCGCAUGAUAUAAGUUUCUUGCUCUAUGAGGAGAAGAAAGUCCUCGUGAUGUGUGAUCAUUCCAGCUGCAAAAACAGGGUAUACAUUGUUGGAGAGGACAAUAGAUUCACACGACAGUCUUUUGGAGACGAAGAUGCUUGGCCUUUUCUGUUUAAUUAUGUUCCAAGCUUGACUCAAAUCCAGCAAGGUGCCUCCGGAGGCAAAAGAAAAAGAGGCGAAUAA